AUGAUAAUUUCUUAUUUAAUAAUUUUUGUUUGUGGAUUUAAAAUGGUUCAUUAUGUUAAUUUACACACUGGAUUUGAUCAAAAUAUGAAAAGAUUACUUAAACAAUUGACAAAAACUUUGAUAAUUUUGGUAAUUAUUCCGUUUAUUAAUCAAAUUUUAGCUUUAUUGACUAUUUUUACUAAAUAUGAUAAUAAAAUGAAUAAUUCACAAGAUACUAAUACAAUUCUAAUUUAUAACAACAGUAAAGCAGCUGGGCUAUAG